AUGCGUCAAGUUGGUGAUCCUAAGGCCGAUCAGGACAAGAAGUUGUUUGUUGGUGGUCUGAAUCCUAAGACUAAUGAGGAUUCACUUCGUGCUUACUAUAGCCAAUGGGGUGAAAUAACUGAUGUUGUCGUAAUGAAAGACCCUCGUUCAAAUAAAUCUCGUGGAUUUGGUUUCGUCACUUUUAAAGAAGCGUCUUCUGUUGAUAAGGCUCAAGCCGAUCGUCCGCACAAAGUAGACGGCAAAGAUGUAGAUUCUAAACGCGCGAUGCCUAGAGAAGAAACUAGUCCAGAAGUUCACGCAGCAGUGAAGAAAAUAUUCGUUGGUGGUCUCAAGAAGGAUGUUACUAACGAGGAUCUGGCUGAGUACUUCGGCAAGUUUGGCAAUGUUACGGAUGCCUCCAUCGUCAUCGCUAAGGAUACAAAUACUUCCCGUGGCUUUGCUUUUGUGACAUUUGAUGACACUGAUAGUGUCGAUAAAGUCAUUUUGGCUAGACCUCAUAUGAUCGGUGGUCACAAAGCCGAUGUGCGUAAGGCAUUGAGCCGUGAAGAAUUGAGAAAAGUACAGACGAAGCCGCCCCCGGCAAGGAUGGAUUACAAUUCUAGCUGGAACGAGGGUCCUAACGUGGGCUAUCAUCAGACGUCCUGGGAUCAGGGUUAUAACCAGUCUUAUGGUGGACCACAGCAACAGUAUUAUAAUAACUCUGGAUAUGGUUAUGGUGGUUACGAUAAUUCUGGUGGCUGGCCCCCAGUAGCUGACGGCUUUGGGAAUUACCAACAACAAGCCUAUGGUGGCGGUCCUAUGCGGGCUACUCCUGCUUCCGCUGCUCAGUAUACACGUCCCGCCCCUUACACAGGAAAUGGCUGGCAACAGCGUUAA